GGCGCUCUCCUGCGCAUCAUUUACUUCACAAAAUCCCGCAAAGGUAAAAGUGCCAGAAAUAAACAUCGCGAGAUUGUACAUAUGUGCGUGUCAGAGAUUUGAAAGCAGACGCUUUCAUCCAAAACGAUGUACAGUAAUCCGUACAUACAUUUUACGUUUGGGUGGCCCAGGGAAAUUGUUACAGAUUCACAAUACCGAGUGUGUCUCAACCCGUACCGCGCUUUUAUCUGCCUAAAGGUAUCUUCACGCACGACUGGAUAGGCCUUUUGGAUACGCUUGUCCAAGGCCCAAGACAUAAAGUCUUCUGAAAGCUGUGUAGCAAUCAUUCCAUUGCUGACCCAUAGGAUGGUAAUCACGUACAUGAUUGGCUUAAUCUAGAAUCAUGGAUGCCUUUCAUACCUUCUCAUCACAAGUUGGAACUAGUGGUCAACAUUAUGCAGCCAUAAAUAACAUGGACCAAUAUUUUCAUGGAGUGAGCAAGACCUGCCAGCAGAGCUCACUGGAGCAGGGAGACAUCCCGUCAUCCUUUUGGCGCCUGACAAAAUCAUCACAGCAGCCGAAGUUGCUGUGCAGAGGGAGGAGAUCCUCCAAGCAUCAGGCCUCAUCCCGUCACAGAGGGAGGGUAUCCUCCAAACAGCCAGUGUCCCUGCACAGAGGGAGGGUAUUCUCCAAACAGCCAGUGUCCUUGCACAGACGGCCUUUUAUCAUCCAAACAGCCAGUGUCCCUGUACAGAGGAAAGGUAUUCUCCAAACAGCCAGUGUCCCUGCACAGAGGGAGGGGAUCCUCCAAACAGCCAGUGUCCCUGCACAGAGGGAGGGGAUUCUCUCAGCAGCUUGCAUCACUGCACAGAGGGAGGAGUUCCUCCGAACAUCAGGCCUCAUCCCUGUACAGAGGGAGGGAAUUCUCCAAACAGCCAGUGUCCCUGCACAGAGGGAAGGGAUCCUCCAAACAGCCAGUGUCCCUGCACAGAGGGAGGGGAUCCUCCAAAUAGCUCUAAUCAUUGCAAAGAAGACGGAGAUCCCCCGAGCAUCAGGCCUCAUCCCUGCACAGAGGGAGGGGAUCCUCCGAGCAUCAGGCCUCAUCCCGUCACAGAGGGAGGGGAUUCUUCCAGCAUCUUCUAUCACUGCGCAGAGGAAGAUCCUCAGAGCAUCAGGCCUCAUCCCUGUACAGAGGGAGGGGGUUCUCCCAGCAGCUAGCAUCACUGCGCAGAGGGAGGAGAUCCUCCGAGCAUCAGGCCUCAUCCCUGCACAGAGGGAGGGGAUCCUCCAAACAGCCAGUGUCCUUGUACAGAGGGAGGGGGUUCUCUCAGCAGCUAGCGUCACUGCACAGAGGGAGGAGAUCCUCCGAACAUCAGGCCUUAUCCCUGUACAAAGGGAGGGGAUCCUCCAAACAGCCAGUGUCCCUGCACAGAGGGAGGGGGUUCUCCCAGCAGCUAUAAUCAUUGCAAAGAAGACGGAGAUCCUCCGAGCAUCAGGUCUGAUCCCUGCACAGAGGGAGGGGAUCCUCCGAGCAUCAGGCCUCAUCCCGUCACAGAGGGAGGGGAUUCUCUCAGCAGCUAGCAUCAUUGCGCAGAGGGAGGAGAUCUUCCGAGCAUCAGGCCUCAUCCAUUACAGAGGGAUGGGGUUCUUCCAGCAUCUUCUAUCGCUGCGCAGAAGAAGAUCCUCAGAGCAUCAGGCCUCAUCCCUGCACAAAAGGAAUUAAUCCUCCUGAUGGCCAGUGUCACUACGCACAGGGAGGGGAUUGUCCCAAAGGCUAGUGUCUCUGCUGAGAGGAAGGGGAUCCUCCAAAACCAGUGUACCUGCACAGAGGGAGGGGGUUCUUCCAGCAGCUAGCAUCACUGCGCAGAGGGAGGAGAUCCUCCGACUAUCAGGCCUCAUCCCUGAAGAGAGGGAGGACAUCCUCCUCAUAGACAGUGUCCUUGCACAGAGGGAGGGGUUUCUUCCAAAAACUACUGUCACUGUGCGAAAGGAGAAGAUCCUCAGAGCAUCAGGCCUCAUCCCUGCACAGAGGGAGUUGAUCCUCCUGAAGGUCAUCGUCCCUGCGCACAGGGAGUGGAUCGUCCCAAAGGCUAGUGUCCCUGCAGAGAGGGAGGAGAUCUUCCUCACAACCAGUGUCCCUAUGAAGAAUGGACACAAUCAUCCCCAUGGUGGCACCACUGUGGAAAUGGGAUGGUGGAGCAUGUACUCCACCUGUGGAUUUCUAUUCCAAGAGAAGAGAUGUCCGACUUAGAUAUGUUGAUCAUCCUGCUAUGAUGUCCAUCACCAAGCCGGAACACUCCGAGGCCAACCCUCAGUGCCAGACUGGCAGCCUGCCGGUGGCUGAGCCCGAGACCCCUGCUGUUCACAAUAACAGUGGAGGCCUGCUCAGCUGGGUCUUUGGGAGUGGAAGAGUUAAUAAGGAGGUUCAUCUACCUGAGGACAAGGACAGAUCUAUUGUCUGGGAUCCAACUCUGCACAGAUGGGUUAACAAAACUGAGCCCAAGGCUGAGAACAAGUGUGUACCACCACCUCCACCGAUGGGGACAUAUGGAUAUCAGGGGAACACUGGCAGUGUCCCCAAAGGAUUGAAUCCUUACUCUAUGAAAGCAGGUGAAU